AUGUCCAUGCGGGCGGGCAUGGGGUCCGUGGAGGCGCCCAAAGAAGAAAAGAAAGACGACCAGGACCACCCGCCCAUGCAGGCCCCAGGCCUGAAGACCGUCGAGACGCCCCCCGAGGAGGCGCGUCCUCGAGGACAACCUCCUGGCUGCUGCAGUAUCCUCUUGGGUCAAUACGGUCAGAUUCGGGGCCUCCUCAACGAAAUCGGCCGGAGGCGGGACCACCUAGACUUGAAGUUCGUCUGCGACAACGGCCGCAUGUCCGCCCACCAAUUCAUGUUGGGCGCCCAAUCCGCCUUCCUCCGCCAACUCAUGCUCGACACGCCGGCCCGCUGGCCCCACUCCGAGGUGACCCUCAUCCUGCCCGGAGUCCAACUCCACACCAUGAAGGUGGUGCUCAAGUUCUUGUACACGGGCCGUCUCUAUCUCACCCAACGGGACGUGCCCGCUGUCAAAGAGCUCUUGGAGAAUGUGCUCAAAAUCGACGCUCAAAUCACGUUACCCGAGGACCAUGAGGCCACCAGCCCAUGGGCGGGUCAGUCGGACACCAUGAGUUUUGACGACGAUCAGCCUGGAAGCGGGGGCGGAUCGAGGGGACCCUCCACCUCCCACGCCUCUUGCCCUUCAUCGGGUUGGGUCAACGACCGAAAGCGGACCUCGCCGGGUCAUGAGUCAAGGGGGUCGUCGGCCCCCAAGGACGGGGUAGCCCAGCAGGGGUGCGAGCAACGGGCAGGGUCGUUGAUCGAGGGUUACUCCGCCCCGUUAUCGCCACCGGAUUCAAGAACCACUUCCCCCGCCCCCCUGGUCGAUUGGGUGGAUCUAGCUGAUCGACCUCCAUCGCCCAAAAUCAAGAAGGUAGCGACGGCCAAGAAAUCGAGUAGCCGUCAGCCUAUGUCAGUCAAGAUAGCUAGCCCAGCCAUCCGCAUCCCCCAAGCACCCGUGAUUGUGGCCAAAAGCACGGGACGCCAAACCCUGGGGCGUUCAACUGGCUCGGUCCGUCCGGUUAUUCCCACGGCUCCACAGGUGGUGGCCAAAAAAUCCAGUCCUUCGGUGCAUCAUCCCCGUGCUCAAUCGUCAUUGCCCUCCACCCUAGAUCGUCUGCCGGUCGAGGUCGAGAUCAUCGAUGUCGACGACGACGACGAGAGGGAGGAGGAGCUAGUGCCCGUUCCCGGCCCUUCCAAUUGCUUGGAACCCACCUGGUCAGGCCAGGUCCAUGUCAACCGGGACGAGUUGCCGGAUAUUCCCUUAGGACCCCCGUCUGAUCCCCAUUGGUUACCGCCCUCCCAUUUGAAUCCCCCUGAGGAUAGUCCGCGCGGACUCACAUUAAAUCUAAAUUGUUUGCCUCCCCCGAUUCCGGUUCCGCCAGCGAAUGGCCUUGUGAUUCACCGUGGAAAGUGGGUGCACCAAUCGCACGUGGAGCGAUUGGCCCAACGGAAAAAGGCCAGCUCAACCGUCCGGAAGUAUGCGUAUAAACCUUUCGUGACCAUCAGUGGUCAAUCCAAAGCCACCACGGUCACGGCCAAUGCCUCGGAUGAGGUCGGAACUUUCCCUUGUCCACACGGCUGUGGUGCCAUCUUUGAACGGGAGCGAUCGUUGGACUCGCAUAUUCGCCGCAAUCAUCACCCGAAUCUCAAGGCCUCCUGUCCGGAAUGUGGUAAAGGCCUGUCCACGAGUAGCGCUCUCAAGAAGCAUCUCCUGUCCCAUCGGCCUGAAUCCGAUUGGCCCUACUUCUGUCCGCUUUGCUUCAAGAAAUUCCAGGCCAAAGGCGAUUUGCCCAAACAUUUCUUAACCCAGCGACAUCGAGACGAAGUGCCGCCCGUGGGCUCUCCCGAAUGGAUCGCUUUGAUCAACCAAGGGGUGUGCGUUCCUCAGAUGUCAGAUCUAAGGGCGAGAUCAGCUCGUCAGCGUCGUCCCAAACCAGGAUUCCUGUCACACCCGGAUCAAGGUGUGGAGAUUGUGGAGGAGAAAUUACCCCCAUGA